GCUAGCUACCAUCCGACGAAAAACAUAUCGCCUCUAGUUUGGAUGAAAGCUGUUGAAGUUAAAGUUUGCCGCUACGGCGUGACUACAAACACAUCCAACCACCUUCCAGCACAUUCAACGGACAUUACUUCGGGACAACAUGUUAGUCUCCAGACUUCAGGGGACAGCUUUGGAGCUUCUGUCUGUGUGUUUCUGUCUGCUGACUCUAACUGCGAUAGUAUUUGGACAUGAACAAGGGUCAGGUGACGUCACAGUGGUCGUCAAAGAAGACAGUGAUGCUGUGUUACCCUGUUCCCUCAGCACCAAGGAGAACAUUGAGUCAUAUGUGUUUGACUGGAUUAAAGUUGCUCAGAAAGAUGGAAAAAAGAAGGAGGUGUUCUUUUAUGAUGCAGGCAUCCAUUACAACAACGGGCGAUCAGGUCAGAGUGAGGAGUUCAAAGGUCGAGUCUUUCAUUUUCCUGUAGAACUGCAGUACGGCAACGCCUCCAUUAUCAUCAGAAAGACGAAGGUGACUGACAGUGGAGACUACACCUGUGUUUUUCCACGUCUUCAGACACGUCAAACAUUCUACAUUAAGCUUGUUGUUGAACUCAUCUUUAAAGACCGAUCGAGAGACAUCUCAGGUGCAGCUCCAAAGCCUGUCUUAACAAUAGUUGCUGUUACAAACUUCGGGGUGCAGCUGCAGUGUGACGUACGGGAUGCUUCUCCAGAACCUAAAGUGGAGUGGCAGGACAGUGAUGCCAACAGCCUUCCUGCUGAAAACCCACAGUUCACAGAAAGAGGAGGCAACUACAGCGUUACCCUGAAUGUGACCAAGGCUGGCUGCUUCCAUUGUGUAGUCAAGCAGGAGGAAAUCAGACAUAUGAGUGAAGCUGAGAUCUGUGUGUCAGAGAAACUGUUUGAGGGCAUGUCCUGCAAAGUGAAUGUUACAGGAGGGUUGGUUGGUGGAAUGAUUUUGGGAGCUCUUACUGUUGCUAUAGCCUAUGGUUUUGCACUGUGGAUAAAAACACGCUGCAGUAAUGGUGCUGGUAAGCAGAGUGAGGAAAAUCCUUCAGAGGUGCCACUUAAUCUACAACCUACAGCAUUACAGUCUUCCUAAAGCCAGGGAACCAAGAAUUUGCCACUUAGCUGAACGUGGUUUGACACCCCUAUUUCACACCUCUACAGGGGACUCUGCACUCCUACCCUCAAUGGAAAACAUCAAGACCAUGGCUAUAUCCCCCUCAAUCAGGAAAAGGAAAAAGGAAAGGAAAAAGAAAAGGAAGGGAAAAACUACUGGCAAUGCAACCGCACUGAAAUAGACUAAAACAUGGAUCAUGGACUACCUCACUGUCCGGGCACUAAAUAUGAGAGUGGACAGCUUUACAGCUGAGGUUGUGAUUUUCAACACCGGCACACCUCAAGAACUUUUUACUUGAAAAUCUACAAGGUACAACUGCAGUGAAAUGUGAUCCAGUCCACUCCUUUAACUUAUGCGCUGUAAUUUGCAUCUUCUUACAUCGUUGACUGGUGCAUUAUAAUUGUCCAUGUUUCUGGAUGGUUAUGGUAAUCUGUAGUUUCUGGUUGUCAAUGAUUUCACUUUCCACACAUCCCAACCAUAACAAGACAGCUGCAUGGUCGCUCCUCCCAGUCAUGCAGAGCACCUUUUCUCUGCUUCUCUCAAGUAUGCUGUAAUCUCAUCUCUGUUAAAGAAAAACAAUCUAGACCCAUCGUGAUGAAUAAUUACAGACUAAUUUCCAAUCUUACUCCUCUGAGUAAAAUACUUGACAGUGUUGUAUGCAAAGAACUGGAUGGAUAUCCUUCAACUCACAAUAUUUAUGAAACAUACCAAUCGGGUUUCAGAGCCAAAAAUAGCUCUCAUAAAAGUAAUAAUGACCUUAAAGGGAUAGUGCA